AGUGACGAUAAGGCCGCGUAGCGGAGCAGUCUGCCACAGACAAGGGGAAGAAAGGCUGUGGCUGGUACGGACGGUGCUGUCUGGCUGCAAUAGAAACAAAAGCGAGCGGUCUGUUCGAGCAUAAAGCGGAAUUGUGUCCAUUGGAUUAUACAUCGUUACUCUAAUGGUGAUCGGAUACCUGGGUUAUUGAUCAGGUCUAUGCUAGCUAGAGCCAUGAGCGGUCUACUGAAGAGGAAGUUUGAGGAGGUCUAUGAUGAGGACCAGUGCUACUCCUCGUCCUCCUCCCUGUCGUCCUCGGCCUACUCUGGGUGGGACUCGGAGGGCGAGAGCUGCUACUCAGACACCCUUGACUCAACACCCAGCAACCCUGGCUCUCCAGACACACAUUGCAACACCAAGUCCAUCCUGAAGAAGGCUAAUCGUGAACGGCUAGUGCGGGGCAACGUGACCUUUGACAUGGUGACAGUGUUUGUCUUCCCACGGUGCCAGGGCUUCAGCAGCGUGCCCAGUAGAGGGGGCUGUUCCCUGGGCAUGAUGCAGCGCCACAGCGCCUUCCGCAGGUACACCCUGGAUGAGUACGCUGUGGCGCAACACAUCCUCCGCCGGGAGAAACUCCUCGACCGCCUCCGAGAGGAGAAACUGGACGCUCUCAAACAGAAACUGACUAAGGGAGGCACGGUGGAGUCAGAGGAGGCUGACUGCCUCACCAUCGAAGACAUCCCAGAGGACGAGAUGGACAUUAGCAGCUGUAACCUAGACGACGGCUCCUUCCUCCACCCCUACCCCUCCAAGAAGAGACAUGCCCUGCUGAAGGCUGCGGGGGUGAAGGUGGAGAAGGAGGAGAAGAGGCAGCUGCAGCAGCUCAGAGUGUCCAGGGAGGACUGUGGGUGUGACUGCCAGGGUUUCUGUGAGCCAGAGACCUGCGCCUGCAGCCUGGCAGGCAUCAAGUGUCAGAUGGACCACUCGUCAUUUCCCUGUGGCUGCACUAAGGAUGGCUGCGGUAACCAGGAAGGUCGUAAAGAGUUCAACUCCAGCCGGGUUCAGACCCACUACAUCCACACCAUCAUGAAGCUAGAGCUGGAGAAGAGGCUGGAGGAGACGUCUGGACCAGAGGAAGAGGACCCGGGAGAGACCACCUUCUACUUCAGCUCAGAGCUGGCAUCGGUCGGGGAGAACAGCUGUAGCAGUGACAUGACAGACUCCUCUGCCUCCUCGGGGGGGAGUGAGGACUCAGAGGAAGGGGCGGAGUUAGGCCGGGAGGACGAUGUGGAUGAAAACGGACUGAGCCGCAUCCUCAGCGACAACGACUAUAACGUAAACAACUACGUUGUUAAUGACAACCGCUGUUGCCCCGAGCAAUGGCUACAGCAGCAGCAGCAGCAGGCAUCGUCCAUGACGACAACAACAACACGGAUGUUGGGAGGGUUUAGCACGGCAGACUUCCCAGAGGAGAAUGACAAUCUAGAGGUGCACACAGACAACCGGGCCAUGGCCAUAUCACUGUUAGAUGAUAACGCUAACCAAGGCAACGGUCUGUUCCACCACAGCAGCUGCAGAAUCUCUAACCCCCCAUCUCCCUCAGUAGACUGUCCCAACACCCCAUCCCCCUCAGUAGAUGGCACCGCUGCCAGCUACAUGGACCUCAGCCUGUCCUCAGAGUCUCACCUGGAGUUCUUUGAUGGUUUCUGUCUGGGUCCUUCCUCCCUCUACAACUCCCUAACGGAGUACCAACACAUGGACAACUUCUUUCACUUCCAGUUGCCUAGUUACGCCAGUAGCCAAUCACAGGCCAUUGACCCCGGGACCUGCCUCCUGGAGUCUCUGAUUGGUCUGCCAGAAUCUGACCCAGAACCCCCUGCAACGUUCACAGACAAUCAGCUGUUGGAAGAAGCUGUCAGGGGUUAACUAUCGGGACCUGAACCGCCAACUGUGUUCUGGACUAUGUAGUGAAUUAGGGGGAUGGGGGUCAGUGUAAACAGACUGCUGUUGGAAGAAGCUGUGAUUUCUCUCUUGCCUUCCAAUUGUUAGCAAAGCAGUUGGUAAUUAUCGCUUUAUGAAAUGGCAGCUAACGUUUCAGUUGGUAAUUAUCGCUGUAUGAAAUGGCAGCUAACGUUUCAGUUGGUAAUUAUCGCUGUAUGAAAUGGCAGCUAACGUUUCAGUUGGUAAUUAUCGCUGUAUGAAAUGGCAGCUAACGUUUCAGUUGGUAAUUAUCGCUGUAUGAAAUGGCAGCUAACGUUUCAGUUGGUAAUUAUCGCUGUAUGAAAUGGCAGCUAACGUUUCAGUUGGUAAUUAUCGCUGUAUGAAAUGGCAGCUAACGUUUCAGUUGGUAAUUAUCGCUUUUUGAAAUGGCAGCUUACGUUUCAGUUGGUAAUUAUCGCUAUAUGAAAUGGCAGCUAACGUUUCAGUUGGUAAUUAUCGCUUUAUGAAAUGGCAGCUAACGUUUCAGUUGGUAAUUAUCGCUUCAUGAAAUGGCAGCUAACGUUUCAGUUGGUAAUUAUCGCUGUAUGAAAUGGCAGCUAACAUUUCAUAAAAGUGAGAUUAAAAUAAGUAAUUUUCUACAUUGUAGAAAUAAUAGGGAAGACAUGAAACCUAUGAAAUAACACGUGUUGGGUUUUAUAUGUCGCUAAAUGUCAACCUCAGAAACCAAGAAUAGUACAGCUGGGUAUUAAUGAAUACUCUGGGAAACCAAAAAUGGUUUUCAAAACACCUAUAACUGUUAUCUACAUAUUAUUAUUUUAAUUUAUUUCUUUUAUGAUUUUCUAUUUAUUUUCAGAUAAAAACCUACUAAAGCUAUGCUGAAGCAGCACUGUGGUUUGAUAUUUAUAACCUGGAAGUGCAAUCUUUCCUUAUGUAUCAUAUGUGUCCCAAAUGGCACACUAUUCCCUAUGUAGUACCCUACUUCCCAUAGGGCUCUGGUCUAAAAUAGUGCACUAUAUAGGGAAUAGGGUGCCAUUUGAAACUGAAUCCGUAUUAGACAUAGUCGGCAAUAUGGGAUUAUAGAAAAUACCAUUGGGAAAGUAUUUAAUAUCUGUUCUCUUAUUGUUUAAACAACAUUUUGGUUAAAUUAUUUUAGUAGUUUGAUCUAAUUUAUGACAUGUUGGGCAAUAAGAGAUCGGUGUUGUUUACUCAGGAGGGCUAUGGCCUAAUCCCAAAUCAUUCCCUAAACCCUACGCCAUUGUGGAGAUCUGAGGUGAUUUGAUUGGUAUAAGCAAUAUAAUGAAACUUCCACCUAGCCUAUCAGAGCGCAAGUGGGAGCUAUUACCAUAUGGACUGCACCGUUCAGAUCCAAUCAGCCCUCCACACGUGUAGGGUUGAGGGGUCGAUUCGGCCAACGUCACAGUGCUUCUGUUUGAGCUGUGGGACUGUACUGUGUUCCUAUUUUAUAAAUUUAAAAUGUAAAAUUCUGGCUCUGCUGUAGAUACUGCUAUCUAUAAUGUUACCAUAGAGAAUCACUCUAAUAUUUUAUAAAUCAUUUGUGUAGAUUGAAAGAAUUCUAAAUCUGUGUCACUGAAAUAAUUUUAUUUAAAAAAAUGCAAAUUGUAUUUUUUUUUUUUUAAAUAUUGAAAUCUUUGUAAUAGAUAAAUAUAGACUUAUUAUGAAAGCUUCUGCUUUCCAGUAUUUUUCAUAUGAAAUGCCACUAAAACAAAAUGGAUUAGAAAAGUAUCCAUAUGGUUGUUGUGACUGAGACAACGUGAUAUAUUUAUGCAGAAAGACUCUGAGAGAAGUUGUGUGUUUGCCUCAUUAAGUCCUCAAGCAGACCUCAUUUGGUUACGUGGAGAUCAUCUCAUUGAAAAAAAACCCAAAGCCACCAACAGAACACAGCUUCUCUGGUGGAAAUGCAGCUAAAUAAAGACAUGGCAACUAGGGGUAUUUAUUACAUUCCUGGAUGAAGAGCAAACCAGAGCAGUUUUUUACUCAUCGUCACUCUGAUCGUUUUUAAAAAGCUGUUCAUUUCAUCCAAGUCCCUUUUUGGACAGUUUGUCCUUUUUUAUUUAUUUUAAUAAAACUUUUUCUUAAAUGCU